AUGACUCUGAUCCACGGGGUUGACUACUCUGUUGUCAAUCCAGACAACAAAUGGAAGAUUCUCAAGUCUCAGUCGCGCUUUGCGCUAUGGGCUCUCUUGAUCUCCUCGGGUGUUGUCAUGCAAGGCUUUGACAUUGUCGCCGGCGGUCAGCUUGCCGCCUUGCCCGCCUUUCGAGAGAGGUUUGGCGUGCUCCAGCCUGAUGGCAGCUACCUCAUUCCCGCCCAUUACCUGUCCGCCUGGAACUCGAUCGCGCCCGCCACCGAAAUCGUCGCCACCUUCAUCUUUGCGCCGUUGCUCGAGAGGUUCGGACGCAAGUGGGGAGUCCUCGCGGCAUCGCUCAUCUCGGUGGCCGGUGUCCUCCUCCAGCAGCUUGCUCCAGACUGGCGGAUGCACCUGGCAGGCCGGGGCGUCAACGGCAUCGCCAUUGGCAUGAUGUUCACCAUCUCGCCACUGUGGAUCGGGGAGACGUGCCGUCCGGAACUGCGUGGCUUUUUCCUGUGCUUCUUCAACACAAGCAUCGUGUUUGGCCAAUUCGCCAUUGUCGUCGUCAGCCAGGGAAGUAGUCACAUUGACGGUCUGUGGCAAUGGUGGCUACCGGUCGUCGCCAUGUACAUCUUUCCUCUCAUCUUGACGGCUGCUUGGCCCUUCUUCCCCGAGUCACCCUACUGGCUUGUCCGUCGCGGCCGUACACUCGACGCCAAGAGAGCACUUCGUCGCAUCUAUGGUUUCCAGGAAGCCGAGUACUACGAUAUCGAGGUCAACCGCCUCGAAGAGGAGAUUCGUAUCACCAAUGACGUGCACGGCGGCACCUCUGGUCUGUCGUCCCCAAAGAAGGUGCUCGGCAUCAACAUACAAGCAGAAAGCGAAUGCUUCGACGCACAGAACCGCAAGCGCACCUUUACCGCCAUCUUUGCUGCCUCGUCCCAGCAGAUGAUUGGCGCCACCUUUGUGAUCGGCUACGCGACGUACUUUUUUGACCUAAUCGGCAUCAAAGACUAUUUUGGGGCCUCGAUCGCUUUGUAUGUGGUCAUGCUCCUCGCGAGUACUGCCGCAUUCCCCCUGACAGAGAUAUACGGUCGCCGCUUCUUGAUUGUCGGCCCGCAGUUUAUACUAUGCUUCAUGCUUCUCAUCAUCGGUAUUCUGGGGUGCAUCCCCAACCAGGCUCGAGCGAGUUGGGGCAUCGUGGCCUUGCUGUACAUCUGGGCCCUCAUCUACCAGCUCUCGAUUGGCGCUACAGGCUUUGUUCUGGCUUCAGAAAUUGCGACAAUGCGACUCAGAGCAGCUACGCAAGGUCUCAUCACCAUCACCAACUCGCUUUGGGGACUCAUCAUGCAGUUCACGGUCCCCUACAUGAUCAACCCAGAUGCCGGCAACUUGGGUGGUAAGGUCGGCUUUAUCUUUUUGGGCACUGGGUUGAUCGCCAGCGUGGGCGGCUGGUAUCUAUUUCCCGAGACAAAGGGGCUUUCGUUUGAGAAGCUGGACGAGCUAUAUGCUAUGAAGGUGCCCCCAAGGCAUUUCAAGAGAGCGGUCUCAGCCUGGUCGAUCCUGCUCGUCCCCUGAGCUCAUCUCUAGUCAAGGGCGGGGAUGUCCAUCUAGAGCACGCUGCCUAAGUUGGGGUUGCAAAGACCUUGGCAGUUAGGAAUAGUAACGUGGAGUUGACGUCGAGCCCUGCUCCAGUCCAAGUCACCAUUUCGUCGCCGCACCAAGAUCAUUAUUGCUUUGUCACAUUCAGUCAGUGUCAGUGGAUUGCCAAGUUUCAACUGUG